AUGGACUGCUCACUGGACGGGCUUGCAUUUUUCGUCGGGUGCAACAACGGGCUUGCGAUCCACACUGGUCAGUACCCUGAGCUGAAGCCCGACUCCGUCUACUACAGAGCGCCACCGGAAUGGAUCAAUUGGAGCUACGGUGGCCAUGACGUUGGCAUCUUCAAUAAUCGAGACAAGACUUUAUCACCCUGUUUUUAUCCUCCUGACGUGCAGAGCAAGAAAAUGGUUAGUGGACCCAUCUGGUUCACGCCGAGCUUAAUUUCGAGGCGUAUGUUCCUCGUGCACAACCACGAUGGUACUCUCACUAUUACUCCCAAACUUCAACAGUAA